AUGGAGGUGGCUCUCGUGAGUGUGGCGACGGGGGUCCUCAAACCUGUUCUGGAGAAGCUGGCCACCCUUCUUGGCAAUGAGUACAAGCGAUUCAAGGGUGUGCGCAAAGAGAUCAAGUCUCUCAGUCAUGAGCUGGCCGCCAUGGAGGCUUUUCUCUUCAAGAUGUCGGAUGUGGAGGAUCCUGAUGUACAAGAUAAAGUGUGGAUCAAUGAGGUGCGGGAGCUCUCCUAUGACAUGGAGGAUGCCAUUGACGACUUCAUGCAGAGCGUCUGUGACAAAGACGAAAAGCCAGAUGGCUUCAUUGAGAAGAUCAAGAACUCACUAGGGAAGUUGGGGAAGAUGAAGGCUUGCCGUCGAAUCGGCAGAGAGAUCCAGGAUCUGAAGAAACAGAUCAUUGAGGUGGGCGGGAGGAAUGAAAGGUACAAGAGUCGCGAGGCCUUCUCCAAGACUGUCAAUGCAACCGUUGACCCUAGAGCUCUUGCUAUAUUUGAGCAUGCAUCGAAACUUGUUGGAAUCGAUGAACCCAAGGCUGAGAUAAUCAAAUUAUUGAUGGACAACAAUGGGUUUGUGUCAACACAACAAAAAACAAAGAUAGUCUCCAUCACUGGACCUGGAGGAAUGGGCAAAACAACUCUUGCUAACCAAGUGUAUCAAGAGAUCAAAGGCCAGUUCAAGUGUUCGGCCUUCCUAUCUGUGUCGCGAAGCCCGGACAUGAUGAAUAUCCUGAGGACUAUUCUUAGUGAAGUUAGCGGUCAAGAUUAUUCUAACACGGAAGCAGGGAGUGUACAAAUACUCAUUAGCAAGAUCAAUGACUUCCUACUAGAUAAAAGGUACUUUGUUGUUGUUGAUGAUAUAUGGGACGUGGAUACAUGGGAUACUAUUAAGUGUGCAUUCCCGGAGGCCAGUUCUACCAGUAGAAUAAUCACCACUACGCGUAUGAACAAUGUUGCACAUUCAAGUUGUUCAUCAUUCAAUGGCCAUAUUUAUAAUAUAAGGCCCCUUGACAUUGUCCGCUCAAGGCAAUUAUUUCAUGGAAGACUAUUCAAAUCCGAAGAAAAUUGCCCUCCAUACCUUCAAGAAGUUUCUAAUCAAAUCUUGAAAAAAUGUGAUGGGCUACCAUUGGCGAUCAUCGCUAUAUCUGGUUUGUUGGCCAACACAGAAAAAACAGAGGAUCUAUGGAAUCAAGUGAAAGAAUCAAUUGGCCGUGCACUUGAAAGAAAUCCGAGUGUUGAGGGAAUGAUGAAGAUAUUGUCACUUAGUUACUUUGAUCUGCCUCCUCAUCUCAAGACGUGUCUCUUAUAUGUGAGUAUUUUUCCAGAAGAUUCUUUUAUUGGGAGGAAUGAUCUUAUAAGGAGCUGGAUAGGUGAAGGAUUAAUUCAUAAAGAAGGUAUGUAUAAUGUACAUAAGAUAGGGGAGAGGUGUUUUAACGAGCUUCUCAAUAGGGGUCUGAUCCAACCUGGGGAAACCAAUAAACAUGGUAUGGUGAAGAGUUGUCGAGUUCAUGACACAAUUCUUGAUUUUAUCAUAUCCAAGUCUAUAGAAGAGAACUUUGUCACUUUACUUUGUGCUCCCAUUUUGACAACUGGGACACAAAGAAAAGUCGUCCGUCGACUCUCUCUACAAGGCGUCAAGCAAAGAAAUUCAUCAAUAACCAUAGCUGGUCAGGUGUUGUCUCAUGUCAGGUCACUUAAUGUGUAUGGAGAUUCUGUCGAAAUCCCUUCUUUGGAGGAGUUCAGACACGUUCGCGUUCUUCACUUGAAGCAUUGCUACCAAUUGAAAGAGUGUAAUCUUGAAAAUAUAGUGACGUUGUUCAAGCUGAGGUACUUGAACCUCGCAGAGACAGGAAUAAGUGAGCUCCCAGAACAAAUCGGGAAUUUAGGGUGCUUAGAGAUGAUGGACCUAAGAUUCUCCGGUGUAAAGGGAUUACCUGCAUCUAUUGUUAAUCUCAUAAAAUUGUCGCAUCUACUUGUUGACGGUGAUGUUAAAUUUCCUGAUGGGAUUGCGAAGAUGCAAGCAUUGGAGACGUUGAAAGUGGUGAGGGUUUCCUUGCAGACAUUUGACUUCCUAUGCGGUCUUGGCCAACUAAAGAAUUUGAGCAAUCUGGUCUUGGAGUUUUCCAAAGUUCAUUGUGACACUGAGGAUAUAGAUGAAGUUGGGGGGUGCAACGAAGCAAUUGUCUCUUCCCUGUGUCAGUUAGGCACCCAGAACCUUCACUCCCUGACUAUUCGGCGUGGGAGCGGGCUCUUACAAGAACCCUUAUGCAUGCUUACCCUCAAGAAGCUUACUACCCGGGGUUCAGUCGUCUCACGGGUUCCAAAUUGGGUGGGAUCCCUCAGAAACAUUCAACAGUUAUGUCUUCAAGUGGACGGAGUCAAGCAGGAUGAUCUCUGCAUCCUUGGAGCCUUACCCACCCUGCUCAUUUUGCAUCUGAAGGAAGUAACAAAGCCAAAUGAAAUGCUCAGAAUCUGUGGUGAAGUUGGGUUCCUAUUCUUGAGGAUGUUUAUUUAUGAUGCAAAUUCUCACCCUGUAGAUCUGAUGUUUGAGGCAGGAUCCAUGCCCAAGCUAGAAAUGCUCGAGAUUAUUUGUUGGCCCGUACUUGAAGCUGACUCUAUGGACUUUGGAAUUGAGAACCUCCCCUGCCUCCGUACUAUCAAAUGUGAAGCAAAUAAUAGUGAUGCCAUUGUUGGAGCCAUAAAGACUGCCAUCGAAAGAGCAGCCAGCACACAUCCCAACCACCCUAGUCUACUCUUUGGGAGAGUUGCUUCUGCUUCUCGUCUGGACGGCUGA